AUGGCUGCUAAGGCUAAGCAACACAUGAAACUUGGCAUGAUCAUACCAUGGGCCACAGUAAUUUUGCUAUUGUCCUGUGGAGCUGGAACCAUCGAUUGCUCGACCCCCGACGGGAACAACACAGACUUCAUCUCCCUCCUUGAUUUCAAGCGUGCUAUCAGGAAUGAUCCAAAAGGGGCCUUGAGCUCAUGGAACUCCAGCAUGCACUUCUGCAGCUGGGAGGGUGUGGAAUGUAGCCGGACGCGUCCGGAGCGUGUUGUGGCGCUGAACCUGUCCGGGCAGGCUUUGGAUGGUCAGAUAUCUCCUUCCCUCGGAAACUUGUCAUACCUUGCUUCCAUUAACCUCUCUACGAACAGUUUCUCUGGCCAGAUACCUCCUCUCGGCUAUCUGCACAAGCUCAAAUUUCUUGACCUGAAAUACAACUCGUUGCAGGGGAACAUUCCGGACGCAGUCACAAAUUGUUCCAACUUGCAGGGAUUAUACCUUGCAGGAAACUUCCUUGUGGGGGAAAUUCCCAAGAAAGUAGCCCUCCUCUCCAACCUACUACAUUUGUGGCUUCACUCUAACUAUCUCACAGGGACCAUUCCACCUGAACUAGGUAAUAUCACAACCUUACGACAGGUCAUUCUUCAAACCAACCAGCUUCAUGGAAGCAUUCCUGAGCAGCUUGGAAAGUUAUCCAAUAUGUCAGACUUGAUGCUUGGUGGGAAUAGGCUGUCAGGUAGAAUACCAGAAGCACUCCUUAAUCUCUCUUCUCUACAACAACUGGCCAUGCCAGUGAACAUGCUACAUGGUCCACUGCCUUCUAAGAUCGGGGACUUCCUCCCUAACCUCCGAAUUCUUUUCUUGGGUGUCAACAUGCUGGGUGGUCACAUCCCGGAAUCACUAACCAAUGCAUCAGAGCUGCAGUCGAUAGACUUGGGAUAUAAUUAUGGCUUUACAGGCAGAAUCCCUCCUCUUGGUAAACUUCGGGAGCUCAGAAUGCUUCUUCUCCAUGAUAACAAUCUUGAAGCAAAAGAUAGCCAAAGCUGGGAAUUUCUAAAUGCAUUAACCAACUGCACUCUUCUAGAGAAGCUCUCACUGUAUGGAAAUAAUCUGCAGGGAGUACUGCCAUAUUCAAUCGGCAACCUUUCCUCUAAUCUUGACUACCUCACGCUUGGAAGCAACAUGCUACACGGAUUAGUCCCAUCAAGCAUUGGAAAACUUCAUAAGCUAACUAAAUUAGAUUUACAGUAUAACAGUUUUACAGGUUUUAUCGAUGGAUGGAUUGGAAAUAUAGUUAGUUUACAAGGUUUGUACAUUCAAGGUAAUAACUUCAGUGGACACAUUCCAUAUUCCAUUGGUAAUAUUUCAAAGUUGUCAGAGCUAUUUCUAGCAGUUAAUCAAUUCUAUGGUCCCAUACCGUCAAUUUUAGGAAAGCUUCCACAGCUCAUACUUUUAGACCUCAGUUAUAACAAUCUUCAAGGCAAUAUACCAAAAAAUCUCAUAGCAGACUCCAUUGUUCAAUGUUUGUUAUCUAACAACAAUCUUGAAGGCGAAAUACCUUAUUUUAAUAAACUUCAACAGCUCAACUAUCUAGAUCUUUCAUCCAACAAGCUUACCGGGGAAAUUCCAUUUUCUUUGGGCACUUGCCAGCAAUUGCAAACUGUCCGAAUGGACUCAAACUUUCUCUCUGGAAGCAUCCCCAUAUCUUUCGGCGAUCUUAGUGGUUUGACGAUGCUCAACCAUUCUCAUAACAAUUUCUCAGGCUCUAUCCCAAUUGCUCUAAGCAAACUACAGCUUCUAACACAAUUAGAUCUGUCUCACAAUCAUCUUGAUGGUGAAGUACCAACACAAGGGGUAUUCAAAAAUACCACAGCCAUUUCGCUUAAAGGCAAUUGGUUGCUUUGUGGAGGUGUACUAGAAUUACAUAUUCCUCCAUGCCCCACUGUUACUCAGAGAAGAACUGGAUGGCGACACUAUUUUGUAAGAAUAUUGAUCCCCAUACUAGGCAUUGUGUCCCUCACAUUACUGAUAUAUUUUAUCAUCUCAAGAAAGAAGGUACCAAGAGCACACCUACCACUGUCUUUUUCCGGUGAGCAAUUUCCUAAAGUUUCUUAUAAGGAUCUAGCUCAAGCCACAGGGAACUUUACAGAAUCUAACUUGGUUGGGAGAGGAAGCCAUGGUUCAGUGUACAAAGGAAGGUUAACAGCUCCAGAGCCCGUGGUUGUUGCUGUAAAGGUUUUCGACCUUGCCAUGGAAGGGACUGAUAGGAGUUUCAUGUCAGAAUGUCAAGCUCUGAGAAAUAUUCGGCACCGAAACCUUCUUCCAAUUCUAACUGCAUGCUCAACAAUUGAUAACAGGGGCAAUGAUUUCAAAGCUCUAGUCUACAGGUUUAUGCCCCAUGGCAGUUUGGAUUCUUGGUUGCAUCCACCUGGAUAUGGAAACGCUGCAAAUUACCUGGAUCUGUCUCAAAGAUUGAAAAUUGCCGUUGAUAUAGCUGAUGCUUUGCAAUAUAUACAUCAUGAUUGUGAGAAUCCAAUUAUUCACUGUGACUUGAAACCCAGCAAUAUUCUUCUUGAUGAUGAUAUGACUGCUCAUCUAGGAGACUUCGGCAUUGCAAGGUUCUACCUUGAAACCAAAUCACAAACAGCUGGAGACUCGAGAUCAACUGGCACAAUAAAUUUGAAGGGAACAAUUGGAUAUAUUGCUCCAGAGUAUGCCGGAGGUAGUCACCUAUCGACUUCGGGAGACGUGUACAGCUUCGGUGUAGUCCUAGUGGAGAUGUUGACGGGAAAAAGGCCAACCGAUCCUCUCUUCUGCAAUGGACUUAGCAUCAUCGACUUCUGCAAGACAAACUUUCCUGAUCAGAUUCUUGAUAUAGUUGAUGCUUAUCUCCUAGAAGAAUACCAGGUCUGUGAUCGAGCGAAUCCGGAAAAAGGAAACAGAUUCCUUGAGUGCUUGUUGGCCCUGGUGAAAGUGGCACUUUCUUGCACAUGCCAGGCCCCCGGUGAUCGAAUAGACAUGAGAGAGGCAGCUACAGAGUUGCACGAAAUCAAGCUGUAUUGGGGGUGAAUGCAAAGUAUGAUUCAUUCGUUUGGUACACCAGAUGCUACGCACUUAUGGAAUUGGGAGCUCCAUAUUCUAUUGCAACGUAUACGUAGUAGUGGAAUAAGAAAUAUGGAGUAGUUUUUUUUCAAAAUUAAAGUAUGAUGAAGUGUCUCUCCUCCCAAAUAUGAUUUGCAUUCACGGACCUUGCAGUGUA